UGCCUCUCGCCCGAUGCCUCUCCGCCCCGCCGGCUGCCACCCCGCCGCCCUCGGCCCAGCACGCCUCCACCUCGCCUCCCAGCAGGGGCACGACACUCGGCGCGCGCCAGGACAUGGGGCCGGGGGUAGCCCGCGCACGGCGGCCGGAAACCCACGCGAUGCGCGGGCGCCCGUCUCGUCGGCCGCUCCGAGCGGCGCUCCGAGGUUGCCGCCCGCUCCCAGGCCGACAGCCCGGCGCGUCCAACUCCGCCGCCCGGGGGCCGCCCCCGCUCCGCACGCGGAGCACGAUUCUCGUGCCCCGUGAGGACCGGCUCGCAAGAAGGUGGCCCUGCAGUGGAUCGCCAACGACUCGACCCGCCGCGCGACCUUGAAGAGGCGCCACAAGGGCCUGAUGAAGAAGGCGAGCGAGCUGGCCACGUUGUGCGACGUCGACGUCCUCGUCGUGGUCUACGACGGCGAGGGCGAGGCGCGGCCGGAGGUGUGGCCGGACGCCCCCGGCGAGGCGGAGCGCAUCGCCGCCCGCUUCAAGGCCGUGCCGGAGCUGGACCAGUGCAAGAAGAAGCAGGACAUGAAGGGCUUCCUCACGCAGAGCAACGACAAGCUCAGGGUUCAGCUGCGCAAGGCGCAGCACGAGAACUGGGAGCAAGGCACAUCUGAGACUAAAUUUUGUUUAAAAAUUCUCUAGUGUAUUAUUAUGAAGUCUGAACUGAAUGUUAUUCACUAUUGAAUGUUCA